AUGCCGUGCCUGAAACCCGCAGAAUUACGCUUUGUUCACGACCCUCUUACCAGAUGGCUGUGGCAGUACUUGUUUCCGUUACAAUUUACGCUCGGUGUUCUCGGUAACAUUUUAAAUCUGUGUGUGCUAGCAUCGGAUGAGACUUCAAAUGUCGCUAGCGAUUUGUUGGCCGCUGUAUCAUUCUGUGACCUCGCGUUUCUACUGGUCAUGCUUCCACAUGCUCUUUCAUCCUAUGAUACAUUGGCUUUCAACGACACUUUUCGCUUUUUCUAUUUGAAAAGCAAACAACAUAUCGCCGCGGUGGCGAAUUGGAUGAGUGCAGCUGCCAUUUGGUUGAUUCUGGCUGUUUCUGUCGAACGUUUCUUGAUAAUUCGAUCACCGCUUCGAUCUAAAUUGUACUGGCAGAGAGGGAAGAUGGUGCUCGUUUUGAGUUCAAUCUUCUUCGCUACCGGGUUACUGACACUGUAUCAUCAUUUCGAAUAUGACUGCACGUUGAUGGAAUUCUGUAAUGGUAGUCAACUUAUCGAUUUUUGCUAUUAUGCGGGCGAAAAACAUCCGAGAACAUUCCUCAAGAAAGAAUUGAUCCUUCCAAGCGAGGUAAAGAAGGUCUAUAUGCGGGUUAUGACCAUAUUUAACGCUGUUUUGGUUGUCCUUGCGCCAAUCCUUCUCGUGAUUGUUCUUAAUAUGCUUAUGAUAAGGGAAUUACAUUAUAAUGAUCUGUCGAUAUUGGAGACAUUCCGCGGUUCGAUCACAAGAAAUCAACAUGUUCGAUUACGUCAACGUCGCCGUGUUACGAUUACCGUCAUUGCGAUCGGAUUAUGUUUUUCAUUGACCCAGGGACCAUCAGCGGUUAUGGUGAUUUGGGAAUUAUUUGCUGGUUAUGCACAUCUAGGAGCGACUUUUUAUGCGAUCUUUAGUAUUACAAACAGCCUCGUUGUAACAGGAAAAACUAUAAAUUUCAUAUUAUUCUGCCUCUCAUCGGAGCACUUUCGCCGGAAAUGCUUCAUUCUACUUUUCCGAAAAUUUCCAAAACUUUCGCAAAGCAGCUUCGGUCAACGGUUCAGUGCGUAUACCAGAAGCAAUUCGACAGACGCACGAGGAUCUUUACGCACAUUACGGUCAUAUCGGCGUAGUUCUGUGCCGGCAAUCCGUGAGCCAAGGGAGAUUAUACACAGAACCGAGAGCAUACCAGAAGAUCAGACACUCAUCGUAAAGGUUGAUUGA